CUUGUCACAGUUUGCAGCAAAAUACACAUUAGCUGAAAAUACUGGUUAACCGAUGUUUGUUGUGUUCAGGGGAUCAGUUUGAAUAUUCAGUAUUUUGUAACUACUUCUAUGCAUCUUUGAAGGUAAAGAUGCCUCUACUAUUGUCCCCACCUGCGCAAAUUCCUGGAUCCAGAACCUGAUGAACACUGUUAUUGAAACUGUUGACCAAACUUGGUUUCUUUGGUGUCUCGUCCGUUUACUGAAUCAUGACCACCAUAUCACUGAUACAAGGAGCAAGUAAAGGAAUUGGUUUGCAGUUUUGUAAGUCUUUAUUAUCAAGGGAUCCACAGUCAGUGGUUAUCGCUACAUGUAGAUCUCCAGACAAAGCCAACGAAUUGUUACAACUACAAAGUGAUGUACCCAACAGAUUACACAUACAUCAGUUGGAUGUCACCAAGACAACAGACAUAGAAAACGUAUGCAACAAGACAACUGAAAGUUAUGGAAGACUCGAUUUGUUGAUUAAUUCAGCUGGAAUGCUUCAUCCUUCAGGGAAAGGGGAAACCAGUUUGAGAGAUGUAACGGCAGAGGGACUGAGACAGACAUUCGCAACAAAUACAAUAGGACCAUUGAUAAUGGCUAAAUAUUUUUCUCCCCUUCUACGAAAGGGAAAUGGUGACAUUGGGAGACAAAUUUCAAAAAUUAAACAUGCAGGUGUUCUUGUUAACAUGUCUGCUAAAGUUGGGUCUAUUACAGAUAAUGGUCUUGGUGGCUGGUACAGUUACAGGCUGUCUAAAGCUGCCUUGAACAUGGCUACUAAAAAUCUUAGCAUAGAGCUUGGGCGUGGAAAAAAUAAAAUCACAUGUAUAUCUCUGCAUCCGGGGACUGUAGAUACCGACCUGUCUCGUCCAUAUCACAAAGGUGUUCCCAAACUGUUUAGUACUGAAGAAUCCGUAAGAAUGAUGCUUGAAGUUAUUGACUCGAUGAGUGUAGAAGACACCGGGAAAUUCUUUACAUACGAUAAAACUGAACUUUCAUUUUAGUAAUCUUUGAUGUUUUUUCUCAUGUAUUACUAAAUAAAAAGCUUUUUUCUUAAA